AUGCACCACGUUGGAGGGAGGGCCGCCAUCAGCCGCCGCCACACGGGGAUUCUGUUGAGAGAAAUGAUUGCUAAAAAGAAGGAGCUGUUGAUUAGUUCGCUACGAAGCAUCACAGGCCAGCAGAAGAUCCCAAGUACUCUCAUCACUGGCCGUCAAGAUCUAGGCUCCAUCCUGCACUGUGCAACACAAAUUCGGAGGUCAGGUACUCUGGUGCGCACGUUGCAGAGGAGAAAAAGGAAGACCACAUUUGGAGAUGGCAUAGCAACAGCAGCAAAUCCCUUAGCUCCAGUUCACUGUUAUGUUAGAAGGAAUUCUACAUUGUUUGUAAAGGAGCACUUCAGCAACACGAAGACCGAAAGGCGGGAUGCGUACUUGAGCACCUGUUUACCCAGGAAAUUAAUAUCUGGCACAGGAGAAUCUAUAAGAAAAAUGACCGGGGUAGAAGCUGCUGCCAUAUCUGCUUUAGUAUCUGGAACCUUGAAGGUUGAGGGCAACAAAUUAGCUCCACUACUAAUCAAAGAGUACAGCUCUAUAGUGGGUGUCAAGGAAGAUCUCCAGGAGCUCCAUGAUCUUGUUGAGGGGAUCAACUUUUGGCUGGAAAAAACAGCAGAAAAUUCUAUUGGAAGUACACAAUCAUUUGCUUGGCUGAAAAAGUUGAAAGAUAUUUCUUAUGAUGUUGAUGAUGUUGUUGAUGAGUUCCAGCUAAAGGCUGAAAAACAUCACUCCAAUGGUGACAGUGGUAUUGUGUCCAAAUACCUGUGCACAAUACCAAAAUCAUUUGUUUUUCAAUGCAACUCAGCCAACAAGAUCAAGGCAAUCAAGAAGAGAUUUGCUGCAAUCGUGAAGCAAAGAACUGACUACCUAGCAAUAACAAAUAGUGUGGAUCCUCCUGUUCGACUUACGAACAUGAGAACAAAGGAGGUGACAUCAUUGCCUAAUGUUGACGAGGCAUUAGUAGUUGGAAGAGAUAAAGAUAAGCAGGAGAUAAUAUCCAUGCUUGAAGAGAAUGAUGAUCAACAGAAAAUUAAGAUAGUUUCGGUCAUCGGGCUUGGUGGGUCAGGGAAGACUACCUUGGCUAAACUGGUUUUCAAUGAUGGUAACAUUAUAGAGAGGCAUUUAUUUGAAGUUAGACUAUGGGUUCAUGUGUCAAAAGAAUUUGUUGUCAAUGAUCUCAUCAAAAAAUUGUUUGAAGCUUUUUCUGACAAUAAUCCAGGAACCCAUGCCUUGCCAUAUAUGAACCAAACUAUCUCGGACAAGUUGAAGGGCAAAAGGUUUCUUCUUGUAUUGGAUGAUGUUUGGACCAACUCACGAGAUGAGUGGGAAGAAUUCAUGGUAUGUCUAAAGGUUGGCGCACCUAAAAGCAGGAUUUUACUUACUACUCGGAACAGAGAAGUUGCGGUAAUAGUGGGAUCCACCAACCAAUUUUACUUACCAUUCUUGUCUCCAGAUGACAGCUGGAAACUAUUCCAACAAAGCCUGGUAACACCGCCUACUGGUUGGGAUUUUGAAGAGGUUGGGAAAGCGAUUGUGGACAAAUGUGGUGGGGUGCCACUAGCAAUUAAAGUACUUGCAGGUCCUCUCCAUGGGAAGGAGCGGAUAGAAGAGUGGCAGGAUGUGAGAGAGAGAAAUUUAUUGAAUGUUGAUGGUAAAGAAGAUAGAGUAGCUGCAUGCUUAUGGUUAAGCUAUUCCCAUCUGCCAUUUAAUCUCAAGCAGUGUUUUAAAAUAUGUUCAUUGUUUCCUAAAGGUCAUAGGAUUGAUAAAGAGCAAUUGAUUGACCUAUGGAUUGCUCAUGAUAUGAUCGCCGUAGAGGAUGGUGUUGAUUGCUUGGACUUGGAGCAUGUUGGCCAUAACCACUUUGAGUCUCUUAUGCAAGUGUAUUUCCUACAAAACGUCAGGGAAAUAGAUGGGAGAGUGACAUGUGGGAUGCAUGAUUUGGUUCAUGAUCUUGCCUUGUCCAUCUCGGGUGAUGAAAUUUCACUUGACAUGCCAAACGAGGCAAGCAGCAGUACCACAAGGAGCUAUAGAUAUUUUUCUUUGAUUAAACAGCCAGAACAUAUGGCACCUAAAUUUUUUUUUAGAAAAGCACGUGCUGUAUAUAUGCCUAAGUAUGAAGAUUACAUAUAUGCCAUGGCAUUGAAGCAUGCAAAGCACUUGCGCAGUGUUACGGUGGGAUAUCUCAAUGCAGAAGGAGCUAACACCAUAUCUCAAGUUAAGUAUCUGAAAUAUCUUGCCAUGUCAUUACGAGAUUGUGAAACGCUUCCUAAGGGUAUCUCAGAUGUUUGGAGUCUGCAAGCACUUCAUGUAACAAGCAGCUAUUCACUUAUCAAGAUACCGGAAUCCAUUGGUAAGCUGAAAAAGUUAAGAACACUAUACUUGUCGGGCUGUAUAGAGCUAAAGAGUUUGCCAGAUUCUAUUGGUGAUUGUCAUAUGAUUUCAAGUAUUGAUCUUUGCAGUUGCAGUAAGCUUACAGUGUUGCCAGACUCUAUUGGGAAGUUGCAGAAGUUAAGAACAUUGAACCUAUCAUGCUGUAGAGAGCUGAAAUGCUUGCCAGAUUCCAUUGACAGAAACAAAAUGCUAAGAUUGUUGAGACUAAGGUACUGCAAAGUUGAGAGGCUUCCAUCAAGUAUGACAAAACUGGAAAAUCUGGAGUGUUUGGACCUUCAGGGUUGUCGUGAGCUAGUAGAGCUGCCUGAAGGCAUCGGCAACUUGGAUAAGCUUCAAGUUUUGAACCUAAAUUAUUGUACAAAAUUGGGAGGAAUGCCUGUAGGCAUUGAACAGCUCAGUCGACUACAAAAGUUGGGCUUAUUUGCUAUUGGUAAGGGAGAAAAGUUUGCUGGAAUGUCAGAGCUUGCAAAUGUAUCUAGGUUUGGUGAGGAACUAACAAUCAUAGGUAUUCAACAUGUGAUGGAUACGAAUGGUGCACACGAGGCAUGCUUGAAACAGAAGACAAACUUACAGAGGUUGCGCCUAGAGUGGAUGGCAGAUUACACAAAAGAGGUAAACACUGAGUUGGAGCAGGCUGUCCUUGAUGGUCUGGAACCACCACCUGGUAUUAAAAUGCUGGACAUUCAUGGGUAUUCAGGUAGGCAAUAUGCAGGGUGGAUGCAAAGUCAAGCUGGUGGUGGAGUACAGGGCCCUGCUCCCUUCCAAUUUUUGAGGGAGAUGAGCCUAUGUUAUUUGCGGAACUUGAAGCAUCUAGAUGGGCUUGUCGAGCUACCUUGUUUGGAGGAGCUUUGGCUGCUAAGGAUGCCUUCUCUUGAGAGCAUAAGUGGAGGCCCAUUUCCUUCACUGGUGAAGUUGGAGAUGUAUGAACUGCCUUGUCUGGGAGAGGUAUGGAUGGUACCAGAGACGACCAUGCCCGAUGUAGAAGAUGGGGGAGGCUGCUACAAUUUAACACCUCAUUUGGGACAAGUCCGAGUUGGUAGCUGCUUAACAGAGUUAGAGAUCAAUCGUUGUCCUAAGUUGGAGGUGAUGCCGCACCUUCCUCCGUCGCUGAAGCGCUUGAGCUUGCAUGGCAGUGAGCAGGUGCUGCAGUCACCAGGCCAAUGCCAGGGGUCUUCUUCGUCCCCCAGUUUUAACAAACUGAAGAAGCUUCAACUAUGGAAUGUGACAGGAUUAGGAUCUGGGCAUGGGUGGGAACUGCUGCAACAUAUGGCGGCACUCGAGUCAUUGGAGAUUAUUUUCUUCCCUGGAGUGCAAACCGAGUCGCUUGUGGAGCCUGAGAGCUUGUGGAGCCUCACAUCCCUCCGGUCCCUGAAGGUGUACGGCUGGUCUAAUAUCCUCAUGCUACCCGAGUCGCUAGGGGAACUCCGGUCUCUGCAAGAGUUGACCAUCGAAUCCUGCAGUAGCCUGACCGACCUCCCCCAAACAAUGGGUCAACUCUCAUCCCUCCAGGAGCUCGUAAUACAAUCAUGCGAAGCACUUCAUCAGUUGCCCGACUGCCUCGGAGAACUCUGCUCUCUCCGCAAACUCGAGAUUAAUUAUUUGAGGGGGCUGACUUGCCUUCCACAAUCCAUCUGCCGCCUCACCACCUCUCUUCAAGAGCUCAGAAUCCACGACUGCCCGGGCAUCAAAUCCUUGCCGGAGGGGAUAAAGGACCUCACGGCUCUGAAGCAAUUGAUGAUCUUCGAAUGCCCUUAUCUGGAGAGGCGCUGCAAGAGAGGAACAGGGGAGGACUGGCGCCUCAUCUCCCACAUUCCUGAUGUCUCCAUUCAUGGUUUUGACGUGUGGGGAGGAUUUGGCCAGCGACUGUAUGCUACUGCUUAA